GCUAAUUUCGUCCACAAGCUGUGCGUCGUUUUUAGCAUCAUUAUUGUUGAAGCCCAUAUUAAUUGCGGCUGUAGUUUUAAAAUUGGACAAAUAUAACCGAUUUCAAUUGACGAUAGUUAAUAAUUAAUAAUCCAGACUUGAAAGCACAAUAAGCUUAAAUGGGGAGAAAACGGAAAGUUCCUGUUGCUAACGAAGAAAAGGAAAAUGAAGUAGAGAUUAUGCAUACUUCUACGCAAAGCUCUCCGAAAAUGAGCAAUGGACCAAUUUACACCAUAAUGUCAAAAAUACAGUUGAAUGAAACGUUUCACAAGAAAUAUAUCAAGGAACUGCGUCAGGUUUAUGAAAAAAUGGACCAUGAUGCUUUUAUUUAUACAUUCAUUAAAAUGAUCAAAUCGGCUAUGGUUGCGGAUGAGACCAAUGAAUUUGCUCAUACUACACUGUUGUUUUGUGCAAAGUUUGUUGGAUCGUUUGAAGGAGAGGAAACCCAUCCACUGAUGGCCGAUACGUGUCAUUGGCUUUUAACAACUAUUUCCAAUAACCAACAUGUGCGAUUUCGAUUGUGCCAAUUUGUCAAUAUGAUACUAAAUGCGUUGGGACAAGAAGCGACUUUGGACGACGUAAUAUGCGACCGCAUACUGGAAUACAUGGUCGGACGUUUAGUGGAUGUGGCACCGAAUGUUCGGGUUCAAGCCAUAUUGGCAAUGCAAAGAUUGCAAGUGCCCGAUAAUCCUGACGAUCCCGUUCUUCGUUCCUAUCAGUAUCAUCUUUGCGCAGAUCCCUCCCCUAGAGUUCGUCAAGCGAUUAUUACCUGCAUGGGUCGCAAUUAUCAUACGAUCCCGUAUAUACUAGAUCGCUUGUGGGAUAUUGAUGACAAAGUUAGACGUCAUACCUAUUUGCAUAUGAGCAGUUUUCCGGUACGUUCAUAUAAGGUUUCACAACGUCUUACACUACUUGAGCAAGGGUUAAAUGACCGCAAUGAAUCUGUGCGUAAAGUUGUUACUACUAUUAUGCUGCAGCAGUGGAUCGAGUCUUAUCAAAAAGACCUUGUGAGCCUCAUUAGCGCACUCAAGUUAGAUUCGAAUGAAAUAGAACUAAACCGUUUCCGUAAGAUAGCCAAACAGGCCCUAAAGGAAAUAUUUAAGAGACAGGGUAAAGAAGAGAUAAUUGCCUGUUUGCCUCUGGAAACUGAGGAUACCUUCUACCGAUGCGUUCCUCACUCCAAACUUACAAUUGAAUCUGCGUUCUAUUGGCAAUGUCUUACUGAACAUCUCCAACAAGAAAUGGCGGAAGAAAUCGACGCAAUAAUACCUGAAUUAAGCGUAUUUUGCUCCUUUGUUGACGGUUACUGUCUUUCGCAUAAACGGGAAAUGGACAAGUUUGAGUCCAUGGAAUUUCAAUAUAUCCUUUUGUCUUUAAUGGAGCUAUUGUAUACAUAUGACCUAGGUGACGAGAUUGGCCGUGGUCAUUUGCAAAAUCUUUUAGAAAAUUUACUAAAAAACUAUGCCUUAGAUGAGAAAGUCAUUGAAGUAAUUGUAAAGUGUGCUGAAAACUUAAUUACGAACCAAGAAACCCGUCAUCAGUUUUUUUUGGAUAUAAUAAACGACUUAUGCGGUCUGAGUGCCAAGCAGCAGGAUUUGGUUCAUGAUAGAAAUCUUAUUAGCGAGCUGCUUGCAAACUCUACGGACGCCGAUCUUAACUUAAAACUAUCGUCGCUAAAGGUUAAAAUAUUGGACUUGGAAGAACAAGAAAUGAACUAUGUUCAGAUGAAAGACUAUGUUCGAGCACAACAAAUAAUUGAAGUAAAGAAUACGGUCACCGAAGAGUUUACUAACUUACUAAGACCCCUUUUGGAUAAGCGUAACAGUGAAUCCGAUGAUGCGGUUCAGCCGCAGUUUUCCCGAGUUGUGAAGCAUGAAUGUAUUCUAAGGAGUUUGCAAGUUACAUACUACAUGGUUGUUUCGAAGCGUGUCAAGACGUUAGGACAUGCUACUUGCCGUUUAUACAAUGACUUCAUAUUUCGUAAUAUUGCCUCCAACCAAAUAGUGAUUCGAGACUGGGCGUUAAAGUGUGGAGCAGCUUUUAGUAUGCUUUACGAACCUCUGGCUAAAGACGUUUUCGAUGAACUCUAUGCACAAUUCUUUAAAAACCAUAACAUACGCAUAUGGGAAACGGCAAUUACAUGCAUAUUUGAAUUAUUGGACCGUUAUGGUGUUGAUAGCUUCAUUGUACAAGAAGAACAAAGUAAAUCAAAAAAGAAUGGACGUCAAUUAUAUAAUACUUUGGAAUUCAUAGAUGUCGAUGAUGAUACUGGACAAUCCACUACACUUGGCCAAGGCGUGGGGGUUAUUUAUAUGAUGUCGCAUUUUUUGGAUACUUGCGAUGAUUUGUGCAUUCUAAGAGCUAUAAUAGAUGGUUUUUGUCGACUGGUUUUACAUGGCCACAUUGAAAAUCGUGAUAUAAUGGAGAAAUUGCUGCUGCGAUAUUUUAAUCCGACGACAGAACCCGAAAUAAAUCAGAUAUUGAGUGUGUUUCUUGAAAAUCUAAUACAAAAUAGAAAGCAAAGGCUUCUGCAGCCAUGCCUUAUGGCGACAGUCAACUCCGUGCUCUCAGCGCCUUAUGACAGUCCUCUUCAUGAUAUACGACCAGAAACAAUAACUCACUUCAUAAUAGACACAACACGUCCCGAUGCCCUUCCUGGAAUUAACAGUGAACACUCGCAUAACAUGCUGGCAUUCAUUUUUCUCAAUGAAAUGGUUAAUAAUCCCAAUAACAAAGAGCUCUGUAAGCUGCUUGCAAAAGAUUUGUUGAGUCUAGAGAUAAAUCUUACUAUCGAUACUAAGUUGAAGAAUGAAAUGAAAGAACUGGCAGACAAAAUUAUACAGAACAAAUUCGACCCAAAAAUCGUCAAAAACAUUAUUGAUUUUAAAGACAUGCUUGACGGUGUAUUCAAUCCUCCGCCAAAACCCGAUGACGGCGGCGAGCAAGAUUCGGAAGAGGAAGAAGUAAUGACUGGACCUGAUCCUAAUGUACUUAAUUCAGCGUCACAAAAUUAUACGCAAUGUGCAAAAGAACCAAAUAACAUAAACGUAAAUGCUGCAAUUAAUGAAAUGGAUUUAUCCCAAGAAAAUAACGUGGAAAGCACUGUCACAUAUCGAAGUCAAGUGACUGGUGAUUCUCCCACUGCUGUAAAUAUUACAACAACAUUUGGAAGUGAAAAUCGCACCGAACACAAUCUACUGCGAAGAAAAUCGAGGCAGUCUCGUAACACUUCUCUCGACAGUAAUAACACGGCAAUAAGCGAUAGUGCGGAGCGCCCCAACAAAAUACGAAUAGAAGCUCGAAUUGAUUCUGAUAAAAAGAGCGGGCAAUCGCAAAAAAAUGCAGAAAUUUCUUUUUCUCGAGUUCGCCGUUACCUUCGAUACAAAAAAAAUGACACCAGCUCUAAUAGGCCAAAAGAGCCGGAAAUAAUAGAAAUGAUAUUAAUAAGUCCUAAAGUACCUCAAUUUCCCACAAGCAACGUUCGCGUAGAAACAGAAGCUCCUUCAACACAGUUGACGCCUCCCUUAGUGGAAAACGAAGCUUCACCUUCAAGUGGUCAAAGCCGCAGGAGCCACCACCCAACCAUUGGUGAAACAACUCAAACUAAAAAAAAUAAAACAACAAAUGGUAGCGAUGAACCUGUCACCAACACGGAAAGCCCAAACCGACCACGACGCUCAACUCGAAGAAAUAAUACUCAAACCGAAGUUUCCAGUACCACCGCCCAACUUAGCGAAGAAUUAGAUACAUCUGAAGUCAUACCUGCAUCCCCCAUAGCGAUGCCUUUGGAGAAAACAUUGCGUCUAAGAGCCAAGGAUACAGUGAAGAGUCGUACAAUGCGUGAAAGUCCGCAAUCAAUUGGCAAAGUUUUGGAUUGUACUCCUCUUCGCAAUGGACGUAAAAGGGGUUUUCGAAAGUCACCGGUCUUACUUGCCAAAGACUCUGCUAAAAAAACUGUACCAUCGCCUAAAAGAAAACAUCGCUGCUUUGAUCUUGGCAAUUAAAAGAGUAUUCAUUAAUUGCAAAGUACAUGCAAAAUGUAUAUUAUUUUUCCGGAUGUAGAUGGAUGUAGAAACACAGGAAAAUAUUUAUUAAUAUAUCUUGCAUUAUGUAACUUGUCAUUGUCAUUUACCGACAAAUAUUUCCAACUAAAAUCAGGUGAAUUUGAUAUUCAGUAAAGAAUAAAAAACGAAUGUAUCCCCAUCGAGUAAUUGACAAAAAAUAAACAAUCAAUAAACAAAGUAA